GCGGGACUUCCGUUUAGUUUGUUAUGGAAGAUGUCCCUGGUACGGCUAGCAAUGAUAUCAGCCACAAAGUCGAAAGUGUUCAAACUCACCAGGGCUUCAGCCUUACUUGGUAACCUCGCUGUGAGACAACGGUGUCAUCGGCCCCUCUACAGUCCGCAGCGUAUUUCGACUGUUAAUGUUAGAACUUUCAGCGGCGUCUCAAGCCAGCAUAUCACAGAAGAUGAAGAUAAGGUUUACAUGACAAAGGCGUGUGUCAAGAGACUUGGUGAGAUCAUGGAAAAAGGAGAGUACCUGAGAAUCCGCGUCGAAGGGGGAGGUUGCUCCGGCUUCCAGUACAAGUUUGUGGUUGACGCCAACACCAAUGAAGAUGACAGAGUGUUUGAGCAAGACGGCGUGGGAGUCGUCGUGGACCAGGAUAGUAUGGAGUUUGUAAAAGGAGCCACUGUGGAUUUCAGCCAAGAACUCAUUCGAGCCACCUUCCAAGUGCUGAAGAAUCCCCGAGCUGAACACGGGUGCUCUUGUGGCAGCUCAUUUUCCGUCAAAAUCUAAAUGAAAUGGCAUUACCCAGAUACAGAGUACAAUUUUUUUUGCAUUAUAUUAGAGGCUCCUCUUAAAAAAACAUCUUGAGUUUUUACUUCAUGCAUGUAAAUUAUGUAAAUAGGCUAAGAUUAAAUGGUUUUAUCAAUGUGGUUGAAAAUAAAACGUCAGUUUAAGGAGUUUAGUGCUUCAUUUCAAUAUAUAUCAUGCAGGAAUGAAUGGACUACCAUGAGGAUUACCAUCAAAUGUGUGAAAUAUUACCGAUAAAGAUUUUUAGGUCAAAUAGAUUGCAUCAUUUUACAGUAGGGGCGUGAUUGUCAUUAAAGCUAGCGGGGGGUCUCAUUCAUACUCAUCGCACCCAGGCUCUGUUCACAUUUGUUCUUACACUGGCCAUAAGCAUCUUUCGACUAAAAAUUUCAGGUAACCCUGGGAAAUACUUGACGAUAAUUAUCGUUAGAGCUUUUGUCAACAAAAAUAAUAAAAAUGUUCGAUAAAGGUCAAAAGAUUUAAACUGAAAUUAACACCACUUUAUCUAUGAACAAAUGCCGUUUUCGUGUCAAAUUUGGUGGGUGGCGGUUUAUAGUCAGUUGCGCCUUAUAGUCUGAAAAUUAUGGUAUGUUGAUGGCAUUGACAGCCAUGCACGUCCAUGCCAUUGACGGCCAUGUAUGUUGAUUCUCUUGAUGCCAGUGUACUUGGAUUCCAUUGAGUCUAUGCCAGAGGUCACGGAACCGCGGACCUCGGUCCGGUUCCGGACCCCCAAGCCGUGUGGACCGGAUCUCAAGCUGUCCGGACUAAUACACGUUGCAACAAAUAAAAAUCUUUUUUUUCUGCGGGUUUGCAGAGUGGAGGCGGGCAUCAAACAAAAACCUUAGUGGUGACGCGCGUGAGCCAGCCAAUGGGAGUGAAGCAUUUGAAAGUUAUUUUUAGAACAGCAUGUCUCACAUUCGCUUUCCAGACUCCGCGGAGUGACAGCCAAAAACAGAGCCAAAUGAAGUUGGAGGAAGAGGCGAAAAGGUACGGCAAAUGGCGUGCUUAAAACUACGCAAGAUUGAUGCAGAAAACAGUCUUUAAAGAGGAGUGGACCAACACAUUUUUAUUCAUUUUACCUGGCGGCAGCACAAGACCGCUAUGCCUCAUCUGAGACUCAUUCAGAGACGGUAGUGCUUGUAAAAAGCAGCAAUUUUAAAAGGCACUAUGAGACGAAGCACACAGCUUUUUUUGCAAAGUUUCCCUAUGAACUCUGCCAUCCGUUCUCAAAAAAUAGCGGAAUUAAGGGCUCAAUAUGAUCGCUCCUCAAGGCUCAUGGUUCAUUUAUUCACUGCACAGCAACGCGCAAAUUAAUUCUCCCCUCAGAAUAGCGUGGAUAUUGGGUCAAAACAAAAAGUCUUUCAGUUACACACCGAUUGUCAAAGAUUGUAUGAGUGUAGUUGCUGAAACUUUGUUGAUGGAAAGCAAAAAGAAGAGGUCUGUCAAAAAAUAAAGCAAAUCCCCCUGUCAGCAUCCACAAUUAAAAAAAAAAAAAAAAAGUCUUGAACAUGCUCUGAUGCUGCUAUUUAAUGAUUCAAUUAAAGCACUUUUUUAGUUUUAUGCACCUUUUAUAUUUUAUUUACAUUUUUGAAUGUUGUAAUUAUCAGCAUGGCCACGUAAAAAUACGUUUGUAUUUUUUGGAAAAAAAGAAGGAUUAAAAAUAUUUCCGGACCCGAGGUUGUUGUAAUUUUUAAAAUUUCGGUCCCAGAGAAUUUUUAAUUCAUGACCCCUGGUCUAUGCCAUUGAUGGCCAUGUACGUCAAAAUAUCAACAGGAAGUGACCCCAAGGGGUUUACCUGCUAAAGCAAAGCUACCAUCGCAAUUUGUAGUUGAAAAUAAUGUACUGUUUUCCUGCUGAAUUUGUAUUAUCAACAGGUGUGCAUUGUCCUUGUAGACCGGGGGUCGGCAACUGGUGUUUUGAGAGCCGCAUGCGGCUCUUUAGCGCUGCCCUAGUGGCUCCCUGGAGCAUUUUCAAAAAUGUUUGAAAGUGGAAAAAAAAGGUUGAAGGAAUAUAUUUUUUGUUUUGAUAUGGUUUCUGUAAGAGGACAAAAUGACACAAACAUUCUUAACGUUUUCCAAUGCUGUAAAAAUGUGUAGAAUAAAUAUUAAAUUUCAACAUUUCUGUCAACGAAGAAUUGCGUAAUAGCCAGCGCCACAUGCUUGAAUGCGCUUGACAGUGACGCAAGAGUCGAAACGCUCUGUCAAGCGCAGGCCUCCCGAGGGGAUAGUGAGGGCGAGUGGAUAGUGUACCUACACCGGGAGAUAAUAAAGCGUGGAAAACCGUUCAUAGAUGGUGAUUAUAUGAAGGAGACAUUCAUCAACAUCAGAACACCUAUUUGCAGACUUCAAAAACAAAACCGAGAUUAAAAAAAAAAAAAAAUCAAAGACAUGCCCACAUAAGGGGCAUGUUAUGCACGUUCCUUUUUGAUUUUCUAAACCUAAAAAAACAUCAAGAAUCAGAUUUAUUGCAUUUCUAUAAUUUCAUAAAAUCAUUAAAAAGCAUUAACUUCAUUAAUGUUGUAAUGAAGUUAAACUAAGUGGCAUCAUACAACAGAGUAGUCACGUGAUGCGUUGAAUGCACUGCAGGGAAAAUAAACAUUAAAUCAUGAAGGCUCAUUAUGUAUUUUUAGCAGACUUAGUCAUUUUUAAUUGUACAACCCCUAGCAAAAAGUAUGGAAUCACCAGUCUCGGACGAGUACUCACUCAGACACUUUAUCAUGUAAAACAAACUCAGAUAAAAAGA